CGAGCCUGCUCCAGGGAGAGAGCCCCCGAGCUGAGGCCGGAAGGGGCCGGGCGUGGCGCGCGCUGAUUUUGCCCACGCGGCCGUCCUCUGUGGGACCAGGGCUACCCAGACAGCUCCAGGCUCCAAGAAGUUUGAGGAUUGCGCCAGUCGGAAAGAGAAGCUUAUGAGUGCAUUCUGGAAUUUCUAGAACAAGAGCAGGUGUUCGACUCCGACAAGCUGCAGUUCCUGAGGGCAGUGGACACCCUGAGCGGUGCUGUCCGCGCCCAGGCAGGCGGCAACAUGGACAAUUACUUCCCCAAGACUGUCCUGGCCAGGAAAAUUGAGACACUGAUCCUUGAAGAAUCCACGGAGGCCUUGGUCAGCACCGUGCGUCACCAAGCCAUGUCGUGCACCGUGGCCCUGAGCCAGGUGAACCCGCCGCUCCCCCUGUCCCAGAGGCUGGACCUGGCCAACGCCGCCAUCUCCAGCAUCAUCCCCCUGCCGCUCAUCACGCCCAGUCUGGACCGCAAGGACGGUGCUGGUCUCUACAUCCAGACCGUCCAGGCCUUAGAUGACCUGCUACAGGCUCUGGUGAUGGAGGGGCCACAGCCCAGCAUGGCCGUCCUGCAGAGCUUCCUGCAGAUCAUCCUGCCUUGGUUGGUACAGUCAGAGAAAGUGCACGAACAGGCCCGGGCCUUGGGCGCCCUUUCCAGGCUGCUGAGGUUUAUCUGCCGUUUCCCUGAGCUGACGCACGUGGCCGCGUUCUCGAUGAGCGGGCAGCUCAUGGGCGCCCUAGGCCUGGUCUGCAUGAGCCCCGCCCAGGAGCUCAGCACAGGGGCCGCGGAGGCCCUGCACUACCUGUUCAGAGUCCUCGUGCGCCACAGAAGCACGAAACACAAGACAGAGAAGAUCCUGAGGGACCUGCAGAAGCAUUUCCGAGCGGAAUGGUUUGCCAACAUACAGGACCUCACCAUGUUCUUCAGGAAGUACCUGACCCCUGAGGAGAGAGCAGACGUGAUCAUGGAGACCAUGGAGGCCAUGACCAGCGCCAGCAAGCAUAACGUCUGGGCGGCUUCCAGGGUGUUGAGGAUGAUCCUGAGGUCCUCUCUGCCUGACAUUGGGAAGGUGCCCGAGAUCGUCGAGUACAUUUGCCACCAUAUGAACAGGGUGACGGAAGCCGUGGCCCAGGAGACCAUACGGAAGGUCCUUCCCCUGCUGGCCCAGACUCACACCGACGAGGUCAUCCAGGCACUGUUCAAGAUCCACGACGAGGCCCCCAGGGGGUCUCGCAAACCCUGGGAAAUCCUGGCAUCGUUCCCCAAAGGCUGCGAGGUGAUCCUGGGGCAUCUCCUGAAGAGGCUGACUCCACAGCAGCAGUCAAGGGGCCAGGAGCCCGGCUGCAGAACAGAGAUCUCUCCACUGAUUGCCACCAGGGCCCUCCGCGAGCUGCUGCUGGAGCCCGGCUGCAGGACGGAGGCACAGGCCUUCUUCCCCUCCCUGUUCACGGCCCUGCUGUUCCAGAUCUCCUCCUUCAUGGCGGAAGGGGCCGCAGAGGCCGCCCAGGACCAGCACCACGUGACCCAGUGGGUGGACCCCAUCAGCUCCACCGUGGAGGCCCUGAAGACCUUGAUGAGGAGCACGGGGUACAGCGACCACGUGUCUUACGUUCAGAAACUGGGGGGCUGGGAGCUGCUCACCAAGCCCGAAAGAUACCACAAGGGGGUGGCCCUGCUGGCCAGGGCCAUGGUCACCAAGAACUGCUGGCACGUCCGCCCCGUCUUCAGCCUCACCCUCAGCAUCCUCCAGGAGCCGGGCCACGGGAAUCACUUGACGGCCCUCGUGUUCAUCACCGAGCUGCUGCAGUCCCCGGACGUGGCGGCCAUCGUGGACGAGGUUGCGGUCAGGACGCUGGCCAGCUGGUUCCAGUGCGCGGAGCCGGCCGCCGUGAGGCUGCUGCUGCGGGCGGUGGAGAUCCUCGCGAGGCACGAGCACACGGGGAAGCAGCUCCACGCCCUGCAGCCCUACGUGCUCAGCUGCUGCUACUCCGCGGACGGCGGCAUCGUGGCCGAGGCCUUCCACGUGCUGCAGGGCCUGGUGCGGCAGCUGACCUGGCAGCACGCCGCCGCCUUCCUCAUUCAGCUCGCCUUCACGCUCGGGCCCUUCCUGGAGGAGGAGUCGGAGCAUCUGCGCCUGAUGGCCUUUGAGAUCUAUGGGGCUCUCCUGGCCAAGGUCACCAGGAGGGUCCUUGUCUUCCCCUUGAGGCACCAGGUCCUCAACUUGCUGGUUCUCCUCGUGCUCCACCUGGAGGAUGCGAACGUCAGCGUGGCGCAGGUUGCCCGGCCCGCCCUCUGCCGCACGGCCACCUUGAUGGGCUGGUUGAAGCUCAGAGCGAUAUUUGCCGAGAAGGACAUCUGGACGAUCCUCAGCACCCUGCUGAAGCAGGAGGAAGGCAAAGCCCUGUGGUUCCUGACGCAGAGCGUGAUGCUCUUCAAGAGCCCACAGGCCCGCAUCCGCCAGGCAGCCGUGUGGUUUGCAGGCCAGAUCAUGCAGACCCUGAGUGAGGAGGAGGCCAGGGAGGUGGAGGAGGCCCACGCAGCCCUGAAGCACAUGCGGGAAGACCCCGACCCCACGGUCAGCUGCCUGGCCACACAGACCUCCUACAUCCUGGAAGCCAAGGAGAAGCAGCUCCCCACCCCCACCUCCUGCUUCUGCUGCAAGAGGCCUCAAAAGGCCCGCUUCUGAGCCCUGCUCUGGACAUGGGGGCAUCCCUGCAAAGCCUCUGUAGCAAAGGCAGAGGCAGUGCCCUGGUGGCCUAGUGGUCAGGAUUCUGGGCUUUCACUGCCGUGGGGCAGGUUCACUCCCUGGUCUGGGAACGGAGAUCGCAUAAGCCCUGCAGCACGGUCAAAAAAAAAUUUUUUUUAAUUAAAAAUAAAAUAAGAGAAGAAAGUGGGACCUUCUGAGUAGGAGGUGCUCCCUUGUCUUCCCCUAGAGCCCAUUCCGGCCCCCUCCGCGCCGUGGGGUGGUGCAGCUGCCUUCUCUGCGGGACCCUCUGGGUCCGGGCCCUUCCCAGCCCCGCCGCCACUCAGCCCGGGCCCUGAGGCCAGAGCCUGGGGGCUGUUUUGAACAUCAACUUGCACUGCGAUCUGGGAGGAGAACGGUGUUGGGAUACCGGGGGUGUGGGCAGGGGUCCCGGCCGCAGGCAACAGGGUCCACUCUGGCUGGUUUCAGCUGGAAAGCGGCUUAUUACAGGGCGUUGGUCAGCUCCUGAACUCCCGGGAGUGGGGAGAGUGUGCGCCUCAGGCACAGGGCAGCUGCGCGGAGUGCCCCUGCGCUGCGCCUCGGCGCAGCCAGCCACGGCCAGGUGCCGGCGCUCAGGCCUGGGCGCGGAGUGCCUGGCCGCUGUCCUUCCCGCCACGGCGCGGGCUCCGCUGGGCGAGCGCCUGCCGUCCCCCGCUGCUCCUGCUGGAACUGGCCCUGCCCGGGCGGCUCUGGUCCACGCAGGGCCAGUGGCCGUCCCACCGCCAGCACCCCACCCCCACCUCGGAACCGGCGCCGCCUGUUACCCCCGGCCUCCGUCAGCUGGGCCGUGUGCAGAGCUCUGGGCGCAGGGACAGCGACCCGGGGUCCUACGGGGCAGGGGCCCCACGGCCCAGCCUGCUGACACGGGUGGAG